AUGCGGCCACUGGUUGAAAAGCUCAGCGAGAAAGGACAUGAAGUGGUGGUGAUUGUACCAGAAGUAAGCUGGCAGAUGAGAGUGGCACAGGCCUACACCGUGAAAACAUACCCAGUGUCCUACACAUUAGAAGACCUGAAUAAUGCCUUUUCUGGGUAUGUUGCAGCUCACCUGAAGGGUCUGCCUUUCCCACUGAACACUCUAGCAAUAUACAAUGGCUCGGUGCAUGUUUUCGAAUUACUCUUUACUCAGUGCAAGAACCUGUUCAGCAACAAGGAGCUCCUUCAGUACGUGAAUCAAAGCAGUUUUGAUGCUCUCCUAACAGACCCCAUCUUUAUGUGUGGACCGCUGCUUGCUCAGUAUUUUUCUCUUCCAUACGCGUUCUUUAUGAGAGGAUUUCCUUGCAACUUACACUAUGAUGCACCACGGUGCCCAAGUCCUCUGUCCUACAUCCCCAGGCUAUUUACCUUCAACUCUGACCAAAUGACUUUCUUGCAGAGAGUGGAAAAUGCUCUGGUUCACCUCCUGGAGCCUGCGUACUGUAACGGUUUCUACGGAAUUGCAUUGGAGUUUGCUUCUGACCUUCUUCAGAGGGAUGUAUCCCUCAUAGACCUCGUGGACUCUGCUUCCAUUUGGCUUCUGAGGUUUGACUUUGUGUUUGAGUAUGUCAGACCGGUGAUGCCCAAUAUGGUCUUUAUUGGAGGUAUAAACUGCGCUCAGAGGAAACCACUCUCUAAGACUUCUGCAGAGUCCACUGCAAUCAAUAAGGAGUAA